GUGAAGCAUAACUAGGUAGAAGCUUCUUCAGAAGGCCAUUGACACAACAAGUUUUCCAUAGCUCACAGCUAACAGGUACUUUUUUCAAAUGACACAGCUCAACCAAACACACUCUAAACCAUAUCACUAAUCUUGUCUUUGUCACCUAAGAAAUCCAUGCGAUGAGAUUACUAGAACUUGAUUGGUUCCUUCAACACAUGGCACAAAAUAGUUCCUUUUCAUGCGGAGAGGGAAAAAAAAAAGGGUAACGGCCUCGUUUCUUAUUGGGCUCAGCCCAUACGUAACACAGUGAACCCAGGCAGCCAUAUGUUUUGUAAGCCAAAGGCCCAAACCAUCGCCAAGUCUGCCUCGGCCCAUUCGCUUCUCUCCCGAGUCCCGACCCUUCCCUGCCGCAGCGGCCGGAACAGCAGCAGAAGCACGCCGGCGGAUCACUGGAACCCACAGCUUCUACGCUCCCGUCAGUUUCUGGUACUCUCCUCUUGCCCUCUUCGGUCUCCCGUCGUCCACCUGCAGCUUAGCUUCCUCGUUGCGGGCUUGCGGUUAGCUCCCCAUCACCCUUGCCGUGGCGCGCGCCCGAGGACCGGCUGGGCCUAUGGCGAGGACACCGGAUCCGUGGUCGAACAUCCCGCUGGAGCUCGCGGGCCUCGUUCUCAAGCGCCUUCCCGCCCACGUCGACCGCGUCCGCUUCGCAGCUGUGUGCCCCCAGUGGCGCUCCGCCGCGCGGCAGGUCCGGCUGCCCCCUCCACUGCCGCUGCUCGCGCUCAAGGACGGGGACAUCUUGUACAGCAUGCCCCGGGGUGAGCCGCUCCACUUUGCUGGCUACAAAAACGGCCACUUAUCUGGCUGCAGAAACGGCUUCUACACAGCUUGCGGUAACUGGCUGGUGUACCGGCGCCUUGACGACUUGCUCUUGUUGGAUCCCUUCUCUGGUGCCACCAUGACCCUUCCUCCACCAUCUAGCUUUGUUGACACCGACGUACGAUCAGAGAAGCUGUUCAUGGACGUCAGAUACUCCCAAGUGAUCAAACUAAUGGUGUGCUCGCCCAACCUCAUUGCUGCACUGUUCCAAGGUAAGGAAUCCAAUCGGAUUGCAGUGUGCCGGCCAGGAGGCUCCAUGUGGUCAGUUGCAAGGGACCUGUCUUUGUGGAUUACUGACAUGGCUUUCUACCAAGGGAAGCUCUACGUUGUUGACUAUCAUGAGGACCUCUUGGCUCUGGACAUCAGCGUGGAUGGCAAUACUGGUGAUCCAUGGGUUUCUCGGAUUGGACGGGUCAUCGAUGUUGGUCACUUUGAUGAUCAGCGGACCCUGUUGAGAAUGCUCUACCUGGUUGAGUCGUGUGGCUCAUUGCUGCUGGUGUGUAGGAGGAUUUUCCAUAUGCAUGCUCAUGACGACGGACAGAUACACACUUUUGCUGGACAGUGUGAGCCUUACCUUUCGAUAUUUGAGGCAGACUUUGCGCGAUCACGGUGGUCCAAGGUGACGACCCUCGCUGACAAUCAGGCAUUGUUUCUAGGGCCAUGCUCCCGGGCUAUUUGCAUGCCUCAAAGUGACUCACAGGGCAAUCGUGUGUGGUUCUUGGAUGACUACAAGGACUUUCACCUUUGGAGUGAGUGGCGUAGCAGAAGCUUGAGUUCUGGCACCUGCAGCGUGGCAAACCCCAAGCCUUUCUCGCCUCUGCCAAUGAUCUCAUGGAAGGGCUACCUUGGAAAUGCAGGUGCUGCAUGGAUCUUCCCUGCAAACUGAUGCUGUUGGUUGGACCGUUGUUACAAUCAAAGAUGUUAAACGCUCCAUGUGUUUCUCUGGACGUAGUACCGUGGCCUUCUGGCAUCCCCAAUGCUGACUUACUUUUGGAUGAUUAUGUUGUGCUUAGCUUUGUGGACUUGUGAUGGGAACCUUGUGGUAGCAUUCUGUUAGGUGCUAGUAACCUAUUCUGUUAAGCAUUUAGAUUGGGAAGUCGCAAUGGUGCUGUUUAAUCUCUGAAUGUUGUGUUAUCUAUCGUCGAUCUUUUGUCAUGGAGUAAUACUAUGGGUUGCCUGCAAUGCUGUUUUAUCUUAAGCCCAUGGUCCUUUAUUCUGGGAACUAAGGCUAAACCAUUUGUUAUAUGCAUCGCGUGGCAUUUGCAGACUUGAAAUGGGAUGUUUCUGUUGAGA